ACACGAGCUACUUUUUUCAUCUGUUCUUCCCUGUUUCGACUUUCGUUUGCUGUUGACUUGUUUGUGUCAGUCACACUAAGUCACUAAUAUUGUUGGUGGUUUUACGAGAUUUCUUGCACAUAUUGUUAAGUGAAAGAGUUUGAGUAAUUAUUACUAUCUAAAACAGUUGAAUUAUCUUAUAAUGUCUAUUUGAUACGGCGAAAGUGCCACAAUGAGUAGCAAUUUAGAUAAUGAUAGAUCAAUUGCUGGUAAAAUGCAUCCCAUAGAUUUAGCGCCUCAAAAAAUUACUAUCGUCAAAAGUGUCACUAAUUCGGAAAUGAAAAUGGCCCACUUGAUUUCGGGUCAACCGAAAACAACAGGUUCAAGUCAGCUUGUAACCCACGCCAGCCCUGGGACGGGCUUGAUGCGUCCAGGGCUUGCGCAAAUUAUUUCCUCUAAUGUCGUUUCUCAGCCUCAAAUGAUCAUAAGUGGAUCACCAAUACUACAGGGAACUCAAAUUGUGAGUCAAGGUUCUCAAAUUAUUGGUCAGAAUACCCAGAUCAUGUCACAAUCCCAGCUACUUACCCCAGGGCCUAUCAUCAGUCCUGGCACACAGAUUAUAAGUCAAGGGACCCAGUUGUCUGCUCAAGUGUCAAGUUCCAGUAACAUUGUGUCAGGGAAUGUUCAGGCUAGUGGGGCCUCUGCUGUGAGUAGCACACAGGUACUGAAUGUUGGUGGGCAACUUGUGAGCGGAGCUGGGAACCUGGUUGUAAACUCAUCUGUGCGCACACUGCCACCUACAGUGAGGGUGCUACCACCAUUACCACAUCAUAAUACAAGACCAGCUGUGUUGUCUAGUGUCAAUGUGAGCAGUACCAGUGGGGUGCUGGUCAGCAAAGGUGUUGGUGUUGGAGUCACCAGCCAUGUCCCUCGGGGACUUGCUGCUGGUGCAUCCUUGGCCGUCAGACCUGUGACUCCAGCUGCUAGUUCUCAGGGAGCCGUGGCACAAGGCGGGGCGUGGUCGAGUAACGCUCGCGGUCCUCGAAGCACGCUAGUGUACGGCCAGAGGAACACCCGCGCGCCCGCGCCCGCAGCGCAACCCCCGCAGGCACCUCAGCAAACACAUCCUACUAUUGUUACACUGCCUUCUACUUCUGUGCUUACAUCAAGCGGUGUUAUUUCUGGAGCGGGACGAGGAGCUCCGCAACGUGCGCCCACACCGACGCCUACUGCGGCCACUACCGCGCCGCGACCGCUUCCAUUACUGCAGAGAAACUACCAGCCCGCCAAGGUGGUAGGCGUGGCGAGCGUGGGCGUGCGCGGCGUGGUGGGCAACAGCGCGCCCGCGCAGCUGUACUACGAGGUGCCGCGCCCCGCGCCGUACUCGCACCAGCCGCAGCAGCAGCCGCAAGCACAACUGACCGUCGUGAACACUGUUUCUGUGUCGCCUGAAACUCGCUUGCCCACAACAUCUGUCACAACUCAACAGAUUUUACCGAGACCAUCUAUACUCAGGAAAAGAGAAUUUGAUGGGUCGCCGGGCAAGGCGGGCGGCGCCUACGCGCGCGGCUGCGGCGCGGGCUGGGAGGACGUGGCGGCGUGCGGCGGCUGCGGCUCCAACGGGUCCACCACCAUCAGCGCGUCCUCCUCGCCCGCGCCCGACACCGAGCCCGAGCCCGCGCGCCUCGACCUCGACCUCAGCCCCCGCAAGAAGCCCAGGAAGCAGAUAUUAAGCAGCGAAGUGAGGCAAUGCGACUACCAAGGAGAAGAGCCGCCGCCUACACCGCCGCCUGUGACAUUCAACCCUCCUCCUAAACGCCCGCUGCUGAGCUCGUCGUACGUGUGCGGCUGGCGCAGCACGGCGCUGCACUUCACGCGGCCGGCCGACGUGCGGCGCCGCGAGCCGCGCGCGCGCGACAUCGUGGCCAUCGCCAGCCAGAAGCACGUGCUCACCUCCGCCGAGGGCUGGAAGGUGCACCAUCUCACCGCGCAGAUGGAUGAUCUGAUGUCCCUGGAAUCUGACGUCGGAGAGCAGCUGGCGAGUCUCCUGCGAGCACUUGAAACAGCGUCAGGACGCGCGCUAACCGCUCUUCAACCUCAUUCACACACGUUACUGGAACUGCUUAAGGGGAACAUUCAACGGAGUAAAAUAGUAUGCGAAGGCAUUCAAGAAGCUCGCGAGGACAUACUUCGAGUGUUUACACACCGAAACUUUGUUUCCGAUAUUUUGACGCGGCAAGCUGACAAGCGCUGCUUCCGAAAGCAUCGGUCGCAAUCAUAGCCCGCGGCCAAGAAACGUGCACACCGGAAAUAGACAGUAUUUUCUCGUGCAUGUUCAACAUAUAUCGGCAUUGUCGGCUUACUCAAGUCACUAUUUCAUUUAUAACUUGACGACUGAAUAGUAUAGCAAGAAUAACGCUUUUUUGGUGACUUAAAAGUACCAGAAAAAAGCAAAGUGCAUUUGAGUAAGGCUUCAAGAUUUGUAGAUCACUUCUACUAGAGUAUUUAAUAAAGGAUGAUUCUUCCAUGAAUUAUAUUGAGGUUCUAAACAUGUAAAUAGAUCUAAGUGUAUAUUAAGCAAUUAAAAAUAUUUAAGUUGAGAAAAGAAUGCCUUGAAUGAGUUGUGUUGUUUUGGGACUUAAUUUGAAAAUAUAUGAUUUAUAUACACCUAA